AGAGAGAGAGAGAGAGAGAGAGAGAGAGAGAGAGAGAGAGAGAGAGAGAGAGAGGAGACAGAGAGGAGAGAGAGGAGUGAGUGUAGUGAGUGACCGCAGACAGGAGGAGAGGACGUGAAGACCAGCCACGGCCCGCAGCAGAUGAACCCUCACCGAAAAGCAGGAGUCUCCCUUUGGUAGGCCACAGCGCUUCAAGAAAAGACUGUAAGGAAUCAGAAGGUGCCCCUGUCAGCCAUCAUGGUCCUGCUGCUGCUGUGUGUAACCGUGAUGCACCUGGUCACUCUGGCCCUGCUCCUCAUCGCCACCCUGGAGAAGUCCUGGUGGGUUUGGAGCGAUUCGGAAGUCACAGACCUGUGGUAUAAAUGUUUUCAUGAUAACACAACCGAUGAGUGGUUGUGCGCAACUAAUGAAAUUGACUGGCUGCACUCUAUCCAGGCCCUGAUGGUGCUUUCAGUGGUUCUCUCCUCAAUAUCCUUCCUGGUGUUUGUGGGUCAGCUGUUUACUUUGUCCACUGGGGGGCUCUUCUACCUCACAGGCCUCUGCCAAACCUUCUCAGGUUUCGCCGCCUUCGCUGCCUGCCUUAUCUUCACUUUCCGGCGGAAGGAGAUCCUGGAUGACGUCAGAGAUCUGAGCACGGGCCACUUCGGCUACUGCUUCAUCAUGGCCUGGGUGUGCGUGCCGCUGCUUCUCCUCAGCGGGGUCCUGUACGUUCACCUGCGUAAGAAGCAGUAGGACGCACACACACACACACACACCCCUCCCUCAGAACCUCCCCCCCCCCCAGAGGAAAGUCUUUCAGAGAGAGUGAUGUGAUGCUCCUCUGUUUCAAUUAAUGUUUCAUUCAGAGACAAUUAGGAUACUCUGUUUCUCUUUGGUCAUGGAGAUUCACCGCAUGAAGAUGUUCUCUGUGUUUGUAUUAUGAUAUACACAAAUGCUGACUUUUGGUGGUGUUGUGCACCUGCCUAUUUUUUCAAAUUAAAUUCUACAAAAAAUAUCAAAUACAGCCCCUGAGGUGUCACUCUUCUCUUAUUUGUUUUCAUGCCCCGAAAUAUAAAAUUGAAGGUGGUGUAUCAUUAUAUUGUGCUGAAUGGCUCAAUGGUAUGUUUUGUGUUGUGUUUGUCUUACAUGCUGCCUUAGUCAGGUGUGUUACAAUGGCCUUUAAAUACAAUGAUUCAGAGAGCUCGGUGCAAUCAAUAGCACUCGUGAUGUUGUGCAAUACCACAGACAACCUUUUUGGUGGAGGUGUUUGCAAACUGCCAAACAAAAAAAUGUAGAAUAACCCCACUUAUGGCUGACUACCUGAAAGUGGGACAAAUAUUUAAAACACAGAUACGUGUGUGUGUUUGUGUGU